AUGUUAAUAGAAUGCCUGUUUCUGUUGGGAAAGUUUCCCGCUUUUCUUUCUCUCCGCUCACCUCCCCCUUCUCUUUCCCCCUCCUCCCGAGUCAGACUUGCUGGAACCUCAGGCAGCCCCUACUCUGGAAUCCUGGAAGUGUACCGAGCAGGGAACUGGGGCGUGGUUUGUGACGACGCCUGGGAUAUCAAGGACGCCUCAGUGGCCUGUCGACAGCUUGGAUUCCUCAGCGGUGCCCUCUCUCUGAACAAGAUGGAAGGCAGUCAGCCGUCUCAGUCCCGCUACAUUCUCAUGGACGAGGUGCGGUGCUCUGGCGGCGAGGAGCGCCUUCAAGAGUGUUCCUACAGCUCCCAACACGACUGCUCGCUCUCUGAGGCGGCCGCUGUCACCUGUAGGCCCAACCCAGGUUGCCCCGAUGGUUGGGUGUCAGGCUUCGGCAAAUGUUACAGGUUUUUCGACAAGGUCCGGGGUAUCAAAGCCGCCGGUAACAUGUGCAGCUUGCAGAACGCAAGUCUCCUCAACAUAGAUUCUGAGGAGGAAAACCAUUUUAUAUCUACCGUGUUGAGUAGGAUUUCUGCAGGAAGACCAAAAUCUAAUUUCUGGUUCACGGGCGGAAAAAAGACCAAAGGUGUGUGGAAAUGGUUUGAACUAGUUAAGAGGAAACAGCGCAAGAGCAAAAAGGCUGGAAAAAAGAAGGCCCGGUCGUCUUUCAAGACUGUCAGAACCGCAGUGACCCAGGACAAAUGGUUGCCAGCUUGGCCUGGAGUGUCCGGCUCGACGAUAGAACCUGUGAACAAACGCCGCCAUGACUGUCUUGUGCUGACCAACCUGGCCAUAGCCCCGGACAACAAGACGAAAGUACAGCUUGACUACUUCUUCUGGAGGGCAAUGCCGUGUCGGAUGAAAGGCGGCCUGAACUUCGUGUGUCAGCGAGACCGCGAGGAGACCACCCAAGCAGCUGUGGAAGGUGAGGAGUGUACCUUCAUAAUUUGUGUCAAUCGAUGGAAUCAGGCGCUCGUCAAUAAUUUAGCAUAUUAUGGAGUUACUGAUAUCAUCUUAAAGCUUGUUCAUUUGCUCCCUCAGUGUUCCCAAAAGUGUGUACACAGUACAGACUUCGUGUGUCGCUCCUUCAUCUACGACUCGCUCAACCGGACAUGUCAGCUGUCCACCUACAACACCCGACAAGGUCGCGCCACCCGCUCAGCCAUGUACGAUUACUACGAACUGCGCUCUCAAAAGAACUGCACAGGCAAAUUUGUUUGUGCCAACGGUUUGUGCGUGGACCCUUCUAAACGCUGUAAUGGAGUGGACGACUGCAAUGAUCUCAGUGAUGAGCUCACUUGCACAAGCCAGCCGGACGCGGACCGUGUGGAGAAAGUCCGUCUGGUGGGUGGCGAGGAACAUUCUGGAACUGUGGAGAUCACGUACAGGGGCACCACUGGGGUCAUUUGUGAUGACGACUGGGACAUAGAAGAUGGUCACGUGGUCUGCCGCAUGUUGGGAUACACCGGAGCGUAUCGAGUAUCUGUAAUGAACAGCUUCAACUACCCGCCAGAGAGCAGUAUCUUCAUGCUGGACAAUGUCCACUGCUCUGGCAACGAAACCAACCUGGCACAGUGUGGCCACAACGCUUGGAAAGUCCAUGACUGUCGAGCCUAUGAGAUCGCCGGAGUAGAGUGCCAGGUAGCCAAAGGGUGUGAAGCCCAACAGUUCAAGUGUGCCAACAAACAGUGUGUGGAUGCUGAGAAGGUUUGCGACAGUACUAACGACUGCAAAGACAACUCCGACGAGGCCGACUGCCGAUUUGUCCACUACCGGCUGGUCAACGGCAGUAGACCAUGGGAAGGACGGGUGGAGGUGAUGAGGAACGGCCUGGCAGGGACAGUGUGCGAUGACCAGUGGGACGACACCGACGCUGCUGUGCUGUGCCGGAUGCUGGGAUUUACGCACGGGGGUAAAGCCGUGACGGGCGGGGCGUUUGGCCCAGGCACCGGACCUAUCUGGCAGGACAACCUGGAGUGUCGCGGGUCGGAGAAAACCCUGGCCGAGUGUGAGUUCUCAGGCUGGGGCAAACAUGACUGUGACCACGAGGAGGAUGCGGCUGUCAAGUGCUACAUCAGGCCACCGACCACCACCACUGUCAGCACCACCACAUCCACUACAACGACGACAACAACAACAACAACGACGACGACUCGGAGACCCAUUACACGGCCAUCGAGACCGCCCGUGACGACACCACCGCGAACCUCUGGCAUAACUGUGAGGCUUGUGGGCGGCCGUGAUGAACACGAGGGCAAUGUAGAGGUGAUAGUUGGUCGGGGAAAGUACAGGAUCUGUGACGACUACUGGGAGAAUGUGGACGCUACAGUCAUCUGUAACAUGCUCGGAUACAAUCAUCGGUCAGUGUGGCCAAAGACCUUACGACUACCUGGACCUACUAGGCAGGCGGACUAGACGAAGUCCCGUCUCUUCCGGCGCGCCGUCUGGUGAUGAUGACCUCUACGCCCCUCGGACGCUGGCCAAGCCUAAUCUCCUCAAGAUCGUGGGAGGGCGCUUCGCGGAGCAUGGAGCCUACCCAUGGCAGAUACGUCUAAGAACAACGACAUCGCCCUCAUUAAGGUGAAGGCGAAGAACGGGCGAGGGAUCCAGUUCAACAACUACGUGCAGCCGGCCUGUCUGCCCACACGGAACACCAAACACACAGAGGGCAUGAAGUGUGUCAUCUCAGGCUGGGGCAACACGGGCUCUGGCGUGUACACUUUGCUGGGCCUCACUUCAUGGGGCCGUGGCUGCGCCCAGCCAGGAGCACCGGGUGUGUACGCCCGUGUUGUCUACUUCUUGCCUUGGAUCCAAAGACAGAUCAACUCUCACAGCGAUUCCACGGCUCAGAAGACCCUGCCCAGACGGCCUUAGGCAUACCCCUCCCACUUUUUACGUGACAAUAUUUAAGCCACUGACAUUAUUAUCCUGAAGAUUACUACUAUCCACAAUAAUAGACUAGUCCUAGCCUUCAUUGAUGAUAAAAACCUCGGCCACAAAUCUAUUUGCUCUGUUUUAACCAUCGUAUUCUUUGCCUUGGAACUUCCGGUUUACCGCCGAAAUACCAUUUUCCUAACAUACCUGAUUGUCCUGCAAAGCCAAGAAAGGUCAAUAAUCUUGAUCUUUUCUUAGUUCCAUCUGAUGCUACUCUUUCAAUUAGGAGUAUGAACUGAGAUUUCAUAGGUUUGGUGAACUAGUAUUUGCACGAACUGUAAGACAGGGUGAAAAACAUUGGCCGAGACUUUGAUAUUCUUUGUCGUAUUGGAUGUUUAUUUAGACUGACGAAUUUUGUGGAUAAUAUAAACUGCAGACGUUUUUUUUAUACUUGUAACAAUGUUACAAGUACUUAGCCACCACACUAAAAUGUAAAUGUUUUGGUUGCAGACUGUACUGUCCUUCCAAUGAAAAAGUUGUACUUAUAAUAUUAUGUCGGAGAUCAAGGUGACAAGGAGGAAAAUAUGAUGUGAUAGGGAGCUGAGGGGGGGACACAUUUCAAAGGAACACAAAAGAUACAGAUGAAAAGAAAAGUCGAGAAUAUAUCUUAAUUUUUUCUACCCGUCACACAUUGCAUGCAGGAAUCAGUAUAACCAUAGAAAAACACAUUCAUACAAUACGAAAGAAAAAUUAAGCAUUUUUCUUUUGAAAAAGUAUUGUUGCUAAAUGUUCUUUGCUUUUGCCAAGAUUUGAUUUCAUACUGUUGUUCUUAGAAAAAGACAUUAUGAUUCUAUUGUUUACCCUUUGAGUACGAUAAGAUCUUGCUUCUAUAUGAUACAGUGUCCAAGGUGUGUUUCGUGUCUGCGUUUUUCCCAAAUGCAGUAAUCAAGAUUAAUCUAAAAAAUGGAAACUACUCUAGCAAUAAAUGGGCGCAAGACUCACUAGUACAU